CCAAAUAAUGAGGAACGCGUAAGCCUUACGGUAAUUUUUACCAGUAAUUUAUUAUUUUCUACGAGCACGUGAUUUAACUGUGAGCGAGAAUUCAAUUGUGUAAUGCGCUUUGGACUUAGAACUAAUUACAAAUGGGAAGUUACCUUUGUACAUUUUUUGUGUCGUUUGUUUUUAAUAUAUAUUUGUUUCAGAAACUUGAUUUUCACAUGUCAUAAAUACUUCACAUAGUUUCUGCUGGUACAGCAAUAUAUAGUUCGCUGCUGGUACUUUUCGUGCAUUAUUGAUGUGACAGUCUUCAAUAAAGCUGUAUUAUUUUAAAGCAUCAUACAACUUCACCAAUGAAGAGGGAAUAUUUGUGUGAGUGGAUCUUGGUCUUUGUGGUUUUCAUCAUAGUCAACAUACCAGUUCUAGCUCUUAAUAAUGGGUUAGCUUUGACUCCACCAAUGGGAUGGUUGUCUUGGGAACGUUUCCGAUGUAAUGUUGAUUGCAAAAAGUAUCCCAAAGACUGCAUCAGUGAAGAACUUUUCAUAGAAAUGGCAGAUCGAAUUGUUAGUGAUGGUUUUAAGGAUGCUGGUUAUGAAUAUAUAAAUAUUGAUGAUUGUUGGAUGAAGCAAGAGAGAGAACCUGAUGGAAGAUUAGAACCUGAUCCAGAGAGAUUUCCUCAUGGAAUCAAGUUUUUAGCUGACUAUAUGCAUUCCAAGGGUCUUAAACUUGGUAUUUACCAAGACUUUGGAACUUACACCUGCAUGGGAUAUCCUGGCAUCGUAAAUUACAUGGAACAAGAUGCCAAGACAUUUGCUGAGUGGGGAGUGGACAUGUUGAAGCUUGAUGGUUGUCAUUCACAUCCUAAAGACAUGGAUAAAGGUUAUAUUCUGAUGGGAAACCACUUAAACCACACUGGACAUCGGAUGGUAUACUCAUGUAGCUGGCCAUUUUAUCAAUUGCACAUAGGAAUGGAGCCGAAUUACGCCUUAAUUAGUAAGCACUGUAAUUUGUGGAGAAACUUUGAUGACAUUCAGGAUUCAUGGGAUAGCAUCCAGAAAAUUAUUGAUUUUUAUGGAGAUAAUCAGGAGGUAAUGGCUCCUCAUGCUGGACCAGGACACUGGAAUGAUCCUGAUAUGAUCAUAAUUGGCAAUUAUGGUUUAAGUUAUGAUCAGGCCAAAGCUCAGAUGGCUGUAUGGGCUGUACUUGCUGCACCCUUACUAAUGUCUAAUGAUUUGAGAAAUCUUCAUGCUGAAUUUAAAGACAUUCUUCAGAACAAAGGUGUUAUUGCUGUGAAUCAAGAUCCACUGGGUAUUCAAGGCAAAAGAAUUUUUAAGAAAGAGAGAAUUGAAAUAUGGAGAAAACCUAUCACACCUAUUAUUCAUGGAUACCACUCUUUUGCUUUACUGUUUUUGAAUCGACGAACAGAUGGUACACCAACUCAGGUAAAGACAGCAGCAAAUGAACUUGGACUACUAAAUCCAUCUGGCUACCAUGUUGUAGACUUGUUUGAUGGAGGAGACUAUGGGAUAGUUGCACCUGCUGAUCACUUAUCUGUGAUGGUAAACCCAACAGGAGUAACCAUUGUAAAAGCUACUGCUUUGAAAUAGAUUUGUCAUCAUGGGAAUGUAUAUGUAUGAAUGAUGUUAUAACAACAUCACACUUCAUUUGCAUUUGUUUUAAGUGUAUAUAGGUAUAGUUGAUUGUAAGUAAUUAUAUUAACUUUCACAAAGAAUAAGUCUGUGUUGUUAGUCAGGAUUCAGAUCCAUAUCACCUUUCCAAGAAAAAAAUUCAAAACGUUUUGAGAAGUUGAAUUAGAUUUUUCAAAGAUUCAAUAAUUAUCUAAAUCCAAGUUCUAAACCACAAAAACUUGAAAACUGUAAAGCAAAAAUAUGCAGAAAGUUGAAUUUUACAAUUUUUGACAUUACCAACUUCAAAAUUACCAUAAUUACCAUGUUAGUAGUCUUCUAAUAAGACUUUCGGUACAUUAUUAACCCACAUUAACAGUCAUCUGAUGAAAUGUCUAG